AAGCAGUGAUUCCACCAAGUAUUCUCCCAUUUUCAAUCUCCUCUCUCUCUCUCUCUCUCUCUGAUAUGUAGAUUUUUUGUGUCAGAAGUCAGAACUCAUUCUCCUUUGCGGUUAAUUUUGUCUUUCUGACUACUUCUGGGCAAGCCACCCGGACCCUUUGUGUCAGAAGGAAAAUCUACUUCCCCAUUAACGCUGCUUUGUCCUUGGAUCUAUAUAUCCCUAAAAGGCAACACCCGGCCACAACCUUUGGUUUUAAGUGCAACCAAACCCAACAUCCCAAAACCCUAAUAUUCUCUCUUUGCGACUAUGAAUCGGCCUAGGCGCUCGAUCUCUUCGAACCCUGCUAGUACAGUAAAAUCUAGGUUCACCAAUGGCUUCCUUCAAGCCUUGUUGAGAAUAAACAGGCAAAGAACCAGUACUGCAUAUACCCCUAGGGAGAUCUUUCGGGGAUACCUCAGAGUCAAGAUUGCAGCUGAUGUUUCCAUGGCUUCUGCUAUCGGCUCAAGGAGAGCCUGGAGUCGAGCUGUGCUUCGCAAGGUUCGUAGCCAUAGACGAGACGGUGCUCAGGUUAGAAGAAUGAGCUUUCUUGCCAUGAGGAAAAGAAAUUUAUAUGGGAAGAUCAAGUGUGACGAGGACGUAGGUUUUUACCAAGCCAACGUGCUACGAAAACUGGUGCCUGGUGGUGAAGCCAUGGAUAUGUGCUGCUUGUUAAGUGAGACUGCUCAUUAUAUAAAGUGCCUCAAUAUCCAGCUAAAGGUGAUGAGAAGAAUUGCUGAAAAUUUCUCUACUACUUGAGAUCGAUAUAUCAUCAUUUAGAUUGACUUUUGAGUGGGAAUAUUAAUUUCGACCAACAAAAUGAAAUUUUAUCUGGAAAAUAAAUUUCCAUCCUCAUGAUCUCGAUCAGCUGGUGGCCGGAGGAAAGGAAAAAAUAGUACGGUAAAUUAUGAAUAUUAUUAUUUGUAUGUUUUGAUCUUUGCUGUUGUUUGAUUUUGAAUGUUUUUAAUUAAUAGCUAGCUAGCUGUAUUAUUGUUCUUGCUGGAUGCAGCCUCAGAAAUUCAUGAUAUGCAGUGAGCAAUAUUGGUUUAUAUAUAAGCAGAUCAUGGGUUUUAUCA